CAUUUUACACAUCUGAACUCUCCCAAUAUAUUCGAGAGUACACACUUUCAUUUAAACCAGGCUACUCUUUGAGUAAAGUAACACGGAAAUAAAAACAAAAUGUUUUAGCAACCUGGAAUCUCUACACAAGAUGGUUGAGGCGUGUAUAAAGAAUGUAUGAAAAAAUCAUAAUUUUGUGACUUGUAUGUUGAAAUCUGGGACAUUACAGCAUGUCAACAUAACACUUCCUGUACUAAAGAAGGUUUAAAGGUGCCCACGUUUUAGGUGGCCACAGAGAGUGGUAGUAGACUGAGGUAGUAAUACUAUGGCAUUCGAUUUGAAUACUAUCUACACUCUGUUGGCACUGGCACUGAGAGGCCUGUCCUAUGUGGGUCGGGUGAGAGCUGGAUACGAGACGACCUUCACCUGUACCUCCAACUGCAUCCCAGGAUGCACCUACACCUGGCUGCUGAAGGGGCGCACUUUCAAUGGGAGUGAGUUGACCUGGACCCCAGACGGUCUGGACCGCAUUGUGGAGCUGCAGUGUACUGCGGUCAACACAGAGAGUGGGAGCUCCAAGGGCAUAACCACAAUCUUGGAGGUGAAAAGCUCAGUGUCAGUGAGGCCCAGCCCACAGCUCCCUCUCCCCGUCCUCAACCAGUCCUUCAGCCUGGACUGUGACGGCUCCUUCCCAGGCCUGCCAGUGAUUUGGUACAAAGACGGCCAGGUUGUAGCUCCAGACGCCAGGAUAAACCUGUUGGAACACAACACCUCCCUCCACUUCAACUACCUGCUGCCCUCUGAUGGUGGCUUCUAUCAGUGCGAGGUGACCAUGGCAAACAUGGCUGAAAGCAAGGUCAUAAGCUUGGGCUACCUGCUAAACUUGUUAGUAUCAGUGGCCCUGGCACAGUGUUGCCUGGGAGGGAAUACAUCUUUACCUGCAAGGUGAACUGCACUGUCGACCUGGACUGCUCCAUCCGCUGGCCGUUGAGAGGGGGUAUCCUCACUAGCACCUACCUCUCCGUGAACAGGAACAUCCUGAAAUGGAUCCCGUCGAUACCUGGUACGGUCCAGAACUUUACCUGUGUGGUGAAGAACACAGCAGCUGGACGCUCUGCAGAGGCCUCCAAGACAGUGAAGGUCACAGGUAGUCACUCCUGUUUUAUUGUGUGAUAAUUUGAAGCUACACUGCAGAAUCAAUUCUUGCAAUGGCAGUUUUGUGAUUGUAGUUUGAGGGUUCUUUAGAUCGUGAAUAGAUGACUCUCCAGACACACCCUGGAUGGAGGCUGAUUACUCUUUGGCAGAUUUAAUGAUGAACUGACCACAUUCAUUCAGCCAUGCAUAAAGGACCCACAGUAUCAGGAUCUGAAACAGUGAGGCUGAGUGGAGUUUUAGGACUGGUUCUCUGUGUGGGUCAGCUGUUCCUCCUGGAUCCCUAGAGGAGGCGCUAUAAGACUACAGUUAAUGGGAAGAACAGAGGAGAACAUUGAUUGAGACCAGGUUCACCUUCAGAAUGAACAAUAAAACAGGAACCAACUUUUGGAAAUUCUUAAUCCUGUCCAAUAAGAAUGCUAAUUUCUCAGAAUAAGAAUAUAAGAAUGUAAGAAUGUAAGAAUGUUUCCUAUGUUGUGGCAUAAUGAUAGUUGAGUCAUUGGAAGUUUCCAGUGAAUUAUGUUUAUCAUUCACAUGCAGUGGAUAAUGAUGAGAAAUGAUCUAUGUAAUAUUUCCUUAUUUGCAAUACGUACUGUAUUAUAAUUAUUUGUAUUAUUUCUGUACUUUGUUGCUGUUGAGAUGACCUUGUAAAAUAUACUCCCAGAUGAGUGUGGUAAUACAGUUGAAGUCGGAAGUUUACACACAUCUUAGCCAAAUACAUUUAAACUCAGUUUUCACAA